UUUGACAUUACCAUUUAUUUAUGGAACUCCCGAAGGAUUGCAAGAAUUUUUAUCCACGAAUGAGAUGGUGAUGAUUUAUGCAUCAAAGCCACCGAUGGACGUGUUGCCAGGACCUCGAUUUAUUCGUAAAUCAGAUAGGAUAAUUACAAGUGAGCAAACAGAACGAGAUGACAUGAUUAAAACUUCAUUGAAAUUUUGGCAUUCUGGUAACAAGGAACGAGAAAUGAGAUUUCCAACACGCCUUGCGCUCUUCCUGAGUGACGCAUAUUCACCGAAAUCAUUCGAUGAUGUUCUAAAGAUCGGUGUAGAUGGGAAAAACAUGAACGUUCCAGCUGCCGGAAGCGUAUUAAUGUGGGAGCUUAACCGAAUAAUAGGAAAUAUUAGGAACGAGAAUGAUUUACAAAAUUAG